GUGCCCCGACCCGGCGCGGCCAGGCGGAAGCGCCGCUGCCAUUGGCCCGGCGGCGGCUCUUACCUGCGCGGAGCCGCGGGCCCAAGCGCAAAGUUCGCGGUGACGGCCGGCAGCGCAGGUGGGCCCGCGCCCUCGGCCAGGCAAGAUGCCUCUGGGGCUGUGGAGAAAAAAGACCAAGUCCAAGGAGACCGUCCGGCUGGUGGAGGGCGAGCAGGAGGGCGCGGGCAGCCGGAGCCUCCCGGACCCCCUGGUUCCUGCACGCAGGCUGGUGUUCCACACGCAGCUGGCGCACGGCAGCGCCACGGGCCGAGUGGAGGACUUCUCCAGUAUCCGGGAGCUCUACGCCAAGAUCGCGGGCGCGUUUGAGAUCUCGCCGUCGGAGAUCUUAUAUUGCACUUUAAACACGCCUAAAGUUGACAUGGGAAAGCUCGUAGGAGGACACAUAGGUCUGGAAGAUUUCAUAUUUGCCCAUGUGAAAGGAAUCAGAAAAGAAGUGAAUGUGUAUAAAUCUGAGGAUUCACUUGGGCUCACUAUUACGGAUAAUGGUGUUGGCUAUGCUUUUAUAAAGAGAAUUAAAGAUGGUGGCAUUAUUGACUCAAUUAAAACAAUCUGUGUGGGGGAUCAUAUUGAAUCCAUAAAUGGAGAAAACGUCACUGGGUGGCGUCACUAUGAUGUUGCUAAGAAGUUAAGGGAAUUAAAGAAAGAAGAACUCUUUACCAUGAAGUUAAUAGAACCUAGGAAGGCAUUUGAAAUAGAGCCAAGGUCAAAAGCUGGAAGGUUGUCAGCAGGAAAAGUUGGUACUGGAAGGGGGACACUUCGCCUGAGGUCAGAAGGUCCUGCCACCAUGGAAGAAGAGCCCUCUGAAGCCAAAGCAAAGGCCAUCGAAAAGGUUGAUGAUCUUCUUGAACUGUACAUGGGAAUUCGAGAUAUUGAUUUAGCUACCACAAUGUUUGAAGCUGGAAAGGACAAAGUUAAUCCAGAUGAAUUUGCUGUGGCCCUUGACGAAACCUUUGGAGACUUCGCGUUCCCGGAUGAAUUUGUUUUUGAUGUUUGGGGGGCCAUUGGUGAUGCCAAACGAGGAUGAUGAUGAGGGGGAUGAUACGUCUCUGAAGAAGAAAAAAAUCUGCUUUUAGACACCUUUACUAACUCUGUGUACAGAAUAUAUUCUUUGAAAUAUAAUUUUGGUAAUUUUGAUU